AUGGCGGUACCUAUUCCACCGAUGGUCAAACCUGCAUUUGUACUCUGGGUUUAUCUUGAAGAACCCAAUGCAUACUGUUUUUGCGCCGCUCGAGGACUUGCUCCUGUAAGCGGUCAGAUUGGGUCUUUACAUUAUACUUGCAUCACUUCAAGCUGUACUUGUAAUGCAGGAUAUGAGGACGUGGAUGGUGUGUGUACAAUUUCAAGCUCCGAUCCAUGUCAACCUAAUCCGUGUCAAAAUGGGCAGUGUGUAGGUAGUUUGGGCACAUUCACCUGCAGUUGUAAUGAAGGCUACACUGGCACUCUCUGCGACACUGAUAUUGUUGACUGUGCGUCUAACCCAUGUCAGAAUGGAAAUUGUGUGGACGGUGUGAACUCCUAUAGCUGCAAUUGUAACACAGGCUACACUGGUGUUAACUGCCAAAUCAAUAUUGAUGACUGUGCGUCUAACCCAUGUCAGAAUGGAAAUUGUGUGGACGGUUUAAACUCCUAUACCUGCAAUUGUAAUCCAGGCUACACUGGUGUUAACUGUGAAACCAAUAUUGAUGAAUGUUCAUCUCACCCAUGUCAGAAUGGAAAUUGUGUAGACGGUGUAAACUCCUAUACCUGCAAUUGUAAUCCAGGUUACACUGGUGUUAUCUGUGAAACCAAUAUUGAUGAAUGUUCAUCUCACCCAUGUCAGAAUGGAAAUUGUGUAGACGGUGUAAACUCCUAUACCUGCAAUUGUAAUCCAGGCUACACUGGUGUUAACUGUGAAACCAAUAUUGAUGAAUGUUCAUCUCACCCAUGUCAGAAUGGAAAUUGUGUAGACGGUGUAAACUCCUAUACCUGCAAUUGUAAUCCAGGCUAUACUGGUGUUAACUGUGAAUCCAAUAUUGAUGAAUGUUCAUCUAACCCAUGUCAGAAUGGACAUUGUGCAGACGGUGUAAACUCCUAUACCUGCAAUUGUAAUCCAGGCUACACUGGUGUUAACUGUGAAACCAAUAUUGAUGAAUGUUCAUCUAACCCAUGUCAGAAUGGACAUUGUGCAGACGGUGUAAACUCCUAUACCUGCAAUUGUAAUCCAGGCUACACUGGUGUUAACUGUGAAACCAAUAUUGAUGAAUGUUCAUCUCACCCAUGUCAGAAUGGAAAUUGUGUAGACGGUGUAAACUCCUAUACCUGCAACUGUAAUCCAGGCUACACUGGUGUUAACUGUGAAUCCAAUAUUGAUGAAUGUUCAUCUCACCCAUGUCAGAAUGGAAAUUGUGUAGACGGUGUAAACUCCUAUACCUGCAAUUGUAAUCCAGGCUACACUGGUGUUAACUGUGAAACCAAUAUUGAUGAAUGUUCAUCUCACCCAUGUCAGAAUGGAAAUUGUGUAGACGGUGUAAACUCCUAUACCUGCAAUUGUAAUCCAGGCUAUACUGGUGUUAACUGUGAAUCCAAUAUUGAUGAAUGUUCAUCUAACCCAUGUCAGAAUGGAAAUUGUGUAGACGGUGUAAACUCCUAUACCUGCAGUUGUAAUCCAGGCUACACUGGUGUUAACUGUGACUCCGAUAUUGAUGAAUGUUCGUCUAGUCCAUGUCAGAAUGGAAAUUGUGUAGACGGUGUAAACUCCUAUACCUGCAAUUGUAAUCCAGGCUACACUGGUGUUAACUGUGAAACCGAUAUUGAUGAAUGUUCGUCUAAUCCAUGUCAGAAUGGAAAUUGUGUGGACGGUGUAAACUCCUAUAGCUGCAAUUGCAAUCCGGGCUACACUGGAGUUAACUGUGAAACCAAUAUUGAUGAAUGUUCAUCUAACCCAUGUCAGAAUGGAAAUUGUGUAGACGGUGUAAACUCCUAUAGCUGCAAUUGUAAUCCAGGCUACACUGGUGUUAACUGUGACUCCGAUAUUGAUGAAUGUUCGUCUAAUCCAUGUCAGAAUGGAAAUUGUGUAGACGGUGUAAACUCCUAUACCUGCAAUUGUAAUCCAGGCUACACUGGUGUUAACUGUGAAACCGAUAUUGAUGACUGUGCGUCUAAUCCAUGUCAGAAUGGAAAUUGUGUGGACGGUGUAAACUCCUAUAGCUGCAAUUGUAAUCCGGGCUACACUGGUGUUAACUGUGAAACCAAUAUUGAUGAAUGUUCGUCUAAUCCAUGUCAGAAUGGAAACUGUGUGGACGGUGUAAACUCAUAUACCUGCAAUUGUAAUACAGGCUACACUGGUGUUAAUUGUGAAACUAAUAUAGAUGAUUGUCAGUCUAAUCCAUGCCAAAACGGAGUUUGUGUGGACGGUGUGAAUUCCUAUAACUGCAGCUGCAAUCCAGGAUACUCUGGUACCCUCUGCGACAUUGGUAUGUUUUUAUUGUUUACAUCUACCUCUAGUUGCGGCAGUAUACUCAGUUAUUCUAACGAAACUGUAGAUGCCACUACCGGCGAGGCGGUGCAGGACGGCUGGAUUAUGUGCUACAUCGACAGCGAUGACACCGCCUACCUCGACACUCCCUGCGUUGAUUUGCUUCAAGAUGUCCCCCCCUACGACAAAUUUGGGUGCUGGCAUGGUUGCUCUGGAUCCCAAGAAGGGCCUGCUUACGCCGAUAAUGAGAUCAUUAAGUUGGCCUGUCGUCCGAAUACCAAAAAUAACGAGGCGCUAAACGAUGACCUUUGCAGCACUGGCGACACUACGUUUGGUGUUUGCAUUAGACUCCUGUAA